AGUACAUCAUUCAACUUGCACAAAAAUCUCUCAAAUACUUUUUUCCAAAAUCACGAGCAAGGCAACUAUUUUCAUGCGAUUGUGCAAACAAUACUGGCCAACACCAGCCACAAGAGGCUCAAAGGUUGGUCCUGAUAUGUUUUGGCCAUUGACAUCACUUAUUCUUGCUGUGAUUGCUAUAUUGCUGAUUGCCAUCAAUAUCAAGGAAAGAAGCAGCCACUACAAUGACGUGCUGGAGCUGGAGUUAGCGCUGCAAAGUACUGUUAGUGAUAAGCUUAGAUAUAACCGAAGGUUGCUGAGCAGUGAAGAACCGAUAAUUUUUAUUGGCGGUAUACCGCGUUCCGGUACAACACUUUUGAGAGUAAUGCUUGACUCCCACGAGGAUAUCCGUUGUGGCGAAGAAACACAUGUGAUACCUGAAAUACUAGAGUGGAGGAAAAAAUGGGAGAGAACGGAUAUGGCUGGAUACGCUGAGUUGAGCGGUCUAAGUCAGCAGACUAUUGACGAUGCUACUUCGGCCUUCAUUUCUGAGCUGAUCGCCAAACAUGGAUCGUUAGCCAAGCGACUCUGUAACAAAGAUCCGUACACUGCAGAAACUAUGGUAUUUCUCAGGAGAAUUUUUCCAAAGUCCAAACAUAUCCUCAUGAUUCGUGAUGCUCGAGCUAUUAUUCAUUCAAUGCUUAAGAGAAAAGUACCAGUUCAUGGAUACAAUCGUUCGGAUCAUCAGCAAAUGUUUUCCACGUGGAAUGCGCAUAUAUCAGUGAUGCUUAAUGCCUGUGCAACUGUGAAAAACUCGUGUAUCCUGGUCUUCUACGAACGCCUUGUGCAACGAACAGAAGAGGAGGCUCGACGUAUAUUAAAAUUUCUAGACAUACCAUGGUCAGACGAUGUUUUACGGCAUCAGGAGAAAAUCGGAAAAGAAGUGCAACUAAACCCCAUGGAGUUUUCGACUUCACAAGUCAAGGAAAGGAUUUAUCAAAAGGCGUUGACGUCUUGGUUCGAUUAUUUUUCUGACGAUGUCCUGGAAAAUUUGAACAAAACUGCUCCACUUUUACGACGACUAGGAUAUGACACAUCCUCCAAUAGACCAAACUACACUUCAUUUGCAUCUGACACUUUUUAUGAGAACUGGACUGCAUCGCAGCUGAUGUUUAUUCUGAAUCAAACAAGCAUUCCAUAA